UGGUCAUCUAGAUUUCAAACAUUUGGCGGGGCAUCUCGUGCGGCGAUUCUGCAGAGGGUGGUCCACCGCAUGAGGUGGGUAUAAAAGGCCACCUGCACCUCCAACUUCACCGCAGUCAGCUCCUGAUCUCAGCCCUCCAGCACCGCUACAAUUCACCAGAAAUCAUGAAGCUGGCUAUCCUGGUCUGUCUGGUGGCGUCGACCGCCGCCUCUUACGCCGGCGUCGGUGGCGUGAGCGGCAUCUCAGCGGUCCGCGCUGCCGGCACCCCGGUCAACCCGUACACCCAGCGGUCCGUGCUGCGUCCCAGCUACGGCCGCCUGGGCGGUCUCGGCCGCGUGGGCGCUCUCGGCGGGGGCGUGGGCGCUCUCGGCCGGGGCGUCGGAAGUCUCGGCUACGGCCAGGGCUACGGCUACGGCGGUGUUGGCCAGCUCGGUCUGGGAGGCCCCGUCGGUCUGGGUGUUGCCCCCCUCGGCGUCGGCUCCAUCGGUGCCGGCGGCUAUGGCGGUCCCCUCGUCGGUGGACGUUUUGGACGCGUUGGACUGGCGGGAGCGCCCCUCGCUGGUCUGGGACGCGGAUACGACUACCUGUAAUCUGCUGACGACCGAUGUAACUGCCCUGAACACCACGGCAGUGAAGAUGGAACAUCAGUGGUAUGGAUGCUAGGUAUGUGAUGUGAAUGUGUGCGUGUGUAAGUUGAAAUAUAUAAUGAUUUGAUAUAAACAAA